AUGGCGCUAAUCCUUCAAGGUUUUGACCCACCGCAUCAAAGUGAUACACGAACUAUUUAUAUAGCCAACCAUUUUCCCCAGCAUGGCCAUUACGUUCCUCAGAAAUUUGCAGAUAAUAGAAUCAUAUCAUCAAAGUACACGGUAUGGAAUUUUGUUCCAAAAAAUUUAUUUGAGCAGUUCAGAAGAGUAGCCAAUUUUUAUUUUUUGAUUAUAUUUUUGGUUCAGCUUAUGAUAGAUACACCUACCAGUCCUAUUACAAGUGGAUUGCCAUUAUUCUUUGUCAUAACUGUAACAGCCAUAAAGCCGGGCUAUGAAGACUGGUUACGACAUAAAGCAGAUAAUGAAGUAAAUGGAGCUCCAGUUUAUGUUGUUCGAAGUGGUGGCCUUGUAAAAACUAGAUCAAAAAACAUUAGGGUGGGUGAUAUUGUCAGAGUAGCCAAAGAUGAGACUUUUCCUGCCGACCUUGUACUUCUCUCCUCUGACAGAGCUGAAGGUUCAUGCCAUGUUACUACUGCUAGUUUGGAUGGAGAAACCAAUCUUAAGACGCAUGUUGCAGUCCCAGAAACAGCAGUAUUACAGUCAGUUGCCAACCUGGAUAAACUCGUAGCUGUUGUAGAAUGCCAGCAGCCAGAAGCAGACCUAUACAGGUUUGUUGGCAGAAUAACUAUAAGUCAACAAAUUGAAGAAAUUGUACGACCUCUUGGCCCCGAAAGUCUCUUACUACGAGGAGCAAGAUUAAAAAACACUAAAGAGAUUUUUGGUGUUGCAGUGUAUACAGGUAUGGAGACAAAGAUGGCAUUAAAUUACAAGAGUAAAUCUCAGAAACGAUCAGCGGUAGAGAAGUCUAUGAAUUCAUUUUUGAUUAUCUAUUUAAUAAUCCUCCUUUUUGAAGCCAUCCUGAGUACAAUUUUAAAAUAUGCUUGGCAAGCUGAAGAGAAAUGGAAUGAGCCUUGGUACAAUCAGAAGACUGAACAUGAAAGAAACAGCAGCAAGAUUCUGAGAUUUAUUUCAGAUUUUCUUGCUUUUCUGGUACUUUACAAUUUUAUUAUACCUAUUUCACUUUAUGUGACUGUUGAGAUGCAGAAAUUUCUUGGAUCUUUUUUUAUUGGCUUGGAUCUUGACCUCUAUCAUGAAGAAACAAACCAGAGAGCACAAGUAAAUACUUCAGACCUCAAUGAGGAAUUGGGACAGGUGGAGUAUGUGUUUACAGAUAAAACUGGUACGUUAACUGAAAAUGAGAUGCAGUUUCGAGAAUGCUCUAUUAAUGGCAUCAAAUACCAAGAGAUCAAUGGCAAACUAAUUCCUGAGGGCCUGACCGAGGAUUCUCCAGAUGGAAUUAGACAGAGUCUUAUGAAAGAGGAAGAACUCUUCUUGAAAGCUGUCUGCCUCUGUCAUACGGUGCAGAUCAGUGCAGAUCAAACUGAUGGCAUGGGUGAUAGUCCUUGGCAUGCCAAUGGAAUAGCAUCUCAGUUGGAGUAUUAUGCUUCCUCACCAGAUGAAAAAGCUUUAGUUGAAGCUGCUAGCCGAGUUGGAGUUGUAUUUACUGGAACCAGUGCAGAAAGUAUGGAAAUUAAAAGCCUUGGAAAACCAGAAAGGUAUAAAUUACUUCAUGUUCUGGAGUUUGACCCAAAUCGUAGACGAAUGAGUGUCAUUGUGGAGAGUCCUUCAGGAGACAAGCUCUUAUUCACAAAAGGAGCAGAAUCUUCCAUCCUUCCUCACAGUAGGAGUGGAGAAAUAGAUAAAACAAGGUUACACGUGGAUGAAUUUGCUUUGAAGGGGCUCAGAACUUUAUGCGUAGCUUAUAGAAGAUUCACAGCUGAGGAGUAUCAGGAAAUAGACAAACGCCUUCACGAGGCCAGAACUGCCUUACAACAACGAGAAGAACGACUAGCAGAUGUAUUCAGUUUUAUAGAGAAAGAUCUGGAGUUACUCGGGGCAACAGGAGUAGAGGACCGACUCCAAGAAAAAGUCCAAGAAACUAUAGAAGCCCUCAGACUGGCUGGUAUCAAAGUGUGGGUGCUCACUGGAGAUAAACAUGAAACAGCUGUGAGUGUGAGUUUAUCAUGUGGACACUUUCAUAGAACCAUGAACAUCCUUGAACUUGUGCAGCACAAAUCGGACAGUACAUGUGCUGAGCAACUGAGGCAGCUAGCCAGGAGAAUAAAAGAUGACCAUGUAAUCCAGCAUGGGCUGGUUGUGGAUGGGACCAGCCUCUCUCUUGCACUCAGGGAACAUGAGAAACUGUUCAUGGAAGUUUGUAAAAACUGUUCUGCCGUGCUGUGUUGUCGCAUGGCUCCCCUGCAGAAGGCAAAGGUGGUACGACUGUUAAAAACAUCGCCAGAGAAACCUAUAACAUUAGCCAUUGGUGAUGGUGCUAAUGAUGUAAGCAUGAUACAAGAAGCACAUGUUGGCAUCGGAAUCAUGGGUAAAGAAGGAAGACAAGCUGUUAGAAACAGUGACUAUGCAAUAGCACGGUUUAAAUUCCUCUCAAAGUUGCUUUUUGUUCAUGGCCACUUUUACUAUAUUAGAAUAGCAACCCUUGUACAGUACUUUUUUUAUAAGAAUGUGUGCUUUAUUACACCACAGUUUUUAUAUCAGUUCUUCUGUUUGUUUUCACAACAAACUCUGUAUGACAGUGUGUACUUGACUUUGUACAAUAUUUGUUUCACUUCCCUGCCUGUCCUCGUCUACAGUCUUUUUGAACAGCAUGUGCACCCGCAUGUAUUACAGAGCAAGCCAGCGCUCUAUCGAGACAUCAGUAAAAAUGCCCACCUGGGCUAUAAACCAUUUCUUUAUUGGACCAUCUUGGGCUUCUGUCAUGCAUUUGUUUUCUUUUACGGUUCAUAUCUUCUGAUGGGGGAAGACACUUCUCUACUGGGAAAUGGCCAGAUGUUUGGAAACUGGACUUUUGGUACCUUGGUCUUCACAGUUAUGGUUAUAACUGUAACAUUUAAGAUGGCUUUAGAGACUCAUUUCUGGACUUGGAUAAACCAUUUUGUAACCUGGGGCUCCAUUGUAUUCUAUUUCUUAUUUUCCUUGUUUUAUGGGGGAAUUAUCUGGCCAUUUUUGCAUACCCAGGAUAUGUACUUUGUAUUUGUUCAGUUGCUAUCAAGUGGUUCUGCUUGGUUUGCCAUAAUCAUCAUAGUCGUUGCUUGUUUGUUUCUCGAUGUCAUGAAGAAAGUGCUGUUUAGACAUCUACAACCAACAAAUACUGAGAAAGCUCAGAUGUACUCCAACAGAGUUGCUUUAAGUGACGAAUUCAUCGCACUGCAGCCAUUGUCCAGGGCAAGGAAUCAGCUGAGCAAAAUUAGCUUACUGAGACAGGUUCAGGUAUCAACUGCUUGGACUCCAUGUGCUGCUUCUCAGAUGGGGAAACAGCAUGCACAUCUAUUGGAAGAAUGCUGGACCGACUGAUAGGAAGAUGUAGUCCAACCCGGGUCACCAGAUCAUGGAGCUCAUCGGAUCCCUUCUAUGCCAACGACCGAAGCAUCUUGACUCUCUCCACAAUGGACUCAAGUACUUGUUAACAGGGACAUUUGUUAAUGCCUUGUGGAAGCCAUAUGGUGCUCACCUAUCUAUACUAGGUUAUAAGCAAGUUCAGUGCUAUAACCCACCCUAGCAAAUCUACCAGAAUAAUGCAGACUACUAAAUAUACAAACCUUGUGGUCUAUCCUGUAGCAUAGAAACACAUACAACUGAAGGUUGAUCUCUCUUCCAAUCAUAGGCCUAAAUUGCUAAAUUGUUGCAUAUUAAGAAUGUGCUUUUUCUCUGCCCAUUUACUAUUUGAGGUACCAUUUUAACACAUGGAAGUCCUCCUGUGUCUGACAUUAUUUGGGAUGUCAGGAAGAGGCAACAACCACAUUUCUGCUCCCAGAUCUAGGUGCCUGAAGGUACUGACUUGUUUUUAAGUCCAGUGUCAUACUUUUAAGUAGACUCUUUUCCCCCUCUUUAAGACAUUUAUAUAUAGAUAUAUUUAUUCUACAUUCAUAUUGGGCCAUCUCCUUAUAUUCUUAGCAAAUUGAAAAUAAAGAAAGUUCUUAUUUCUUCCAUGGGCAAAAUAGUUAGCAAGUAGAACAUAGCUUUAUGGUUAUCCUACUCAACAUUUUUGUAAAGCAAUUGAAAUGCCGUGCAGGCGUUUGUGCUGGUGUAGAAAUGGCAAUAAACUACUAGCCACUUCCUAUAAAUCUGUCAUAGCUUACGUAGAAUGGAAUGGUAUAAAAAAAAGUUUACAGCUGCUGCUUGUUCUUUUCAAAUAAUAUUCAGGAGUCGCUUGUUCUCUAUUAUGCUCUACGUGUUUUAAUAAUUACUGAUCCUGAUAUGGAAGAGCAGGGGAGAAAGAUGCAUAUGAAAUGGAUUCUGCAUCUCACUGGCAUAAAUUCGGUAAAUGUAAACAAUUUAAUCCUUUUAAAGUUGGGGAUUUUUUGCAUGUUUUAUUCUUUCUAAUGUAUUUAUACUUGACCAUGUUGUACUUUGAAGACCUAAUUAAGCAUUAGUUAUCUUCAUCUGUCUGAAGGAUCUGACACAUUGAUGGCAAUGUUUUGAUAUACAAAUACACCAAUAAAAAUAAAAUUUCACAUGUGUUACUUUGGACAGUAUUGCACAUUUUUUUCAGGUGCAUUUUCCAAUAUAAAUGUGUUUUCAGAUUCUGGGACUGGAUAGGAAGUCUUGCAAAUUCAUUUUUUAACAGGUGAUAUUGAGAGACACCAGCUAGCAGAAGUGUCAAAUCAACUAGCUGCAGAUGUUGAAAACUGAGAAUUGGAGGAGAUUGCAGCAGUGAUGCUGACGAUCCCCCUUGCCAAGUCGGUUGUUGGCAACCCCAAAAUGUGCAGAUUGGUGGAAGUGAUUCCACUGCUGGGACUGCAUUUUCUCAUGUCGGCUUCAGGCUCCAAAUCUCCAUAAACGCAUGACAUUUUUGAAACGCAGUAACUGGAAAGUUGCAUCUGCAAAAUUCAGACCUGAUAUUUGCUGCUAGCAAAAGCAGGCUGUUGUGGCGGUAGGACAGAGUCUGUCUUACCAUGAUAUUGCCUAAUGCUACUUAGCCUGGAUAUUACACGAGGUAGAGCUGUGGGACACAGCGGUACAUAUGUACAUACCCCCAGCUUGUCUACUUUGCAGCUGUCUUUUUGGAGUUGUAGUGCAGGUGAACUAGAUGGCUUACACUGGUUUUCAUAAUGGAGACAAAACCCUCCGUGGCGCACAAGCUGUUUCAGGAGAUUGUCUCCAUUACCCAAGUCCCAGAUUCUGUGAACUGGAACAAAAAAAGAUGUGCCUAAUUGUCUUCUCAGGCUGAAGUGAAUACGUUUUAUUGAAAUCAGUAGAGAAACCAAGCUCAGUGACAGGUGCAUCGAGCCCCACACACUUAGCAGUGAUAAAGCAAUCCCAUUUUUCAGUAUGGUCCAUGUUAUCGGGAUAGCCUCCUUACCACACAUUGAAAAUGCUCAGAUUGUCCUAAGUCGAGAUGCAUGCAUAAUUGUGAUUUCAAGCACCGAGAUCCUCUGAAAUUAUUGCUUGAAAUCAGUCUGGUGUGUAGUAUGAACAGCAUCUGUGUUGAGAUAUUUGAGAGAACUGCAUGGAGUCUGAAAAUUGUCUUAAUUUUGUUGCAGUAUAAAGGAUGGGUUGCCAGUUAGUAUUCCCUGAAUAACCUUUUUGUGGAACUACAAAAUUAAAAGAAAAAUCUCUUCCUAUUUCUCUUGGCCACAUAAGUUUCUUUAUAACAUGAGUUAGGAGUCUGACUUAAAUACACCAGCAUGUUGUUUCUCUUCCUGAGACUGUUUAUCUUGCCACAUUUACCUGGGAAAGAUCUUGGGAAAUACUUUCUUUAAAAAAUUCUGGUCCGAUAUCUGCUGUUUGUAGCUGUUGUUGUUUUGAAAACAUUGUGUGUUAAUUCCCAAAAGCAGUCCCAUCUGUCCGUCAUUCAUAGCUUGCUUAAUCAUCCAGCGAUUUUCAGUGUUGCCAUGUAGUUUAAUUUGUUUGUGUAAUUAGUGUGUCAUGUAUGAAAAUCUAAAUUAGGGUCUCUCCCUAGAAAAAGGAAGAGGCUUCCAAAAAAGAACCCAGCUCCAAGCAUUUCUAACGAGCCCAUCUCAUACACGUAUACUUUGUAUUCGGUUGUACAAAUAAAAGGUUGAAGACA